AAUAGCUGCCAUUUUGAUUUUGAAACGGCAGUGCUUUUUGUUCGUGUGGAGCGUUAGCUCGUUGUGAAGAGUAAAUUGUGAUUUAGCAAAGUAGUUUUAUUUUUAAUCGAACUAUCAAAAUGAGCUGGCAAGAUUAUGUAGAUAAACAGUUAAUGGCCUCCAGAUGUGUAACAAAAGCUGCAAUUGCCGGUCACGAUGGCAAUGUCUGGGCAAAGUCGGAAGGCUUCGAAAUAUCAAAAGAUGAAGUAGCAAAAAUAGUAGCUGGUUUCGAGAAUGAAUCGCUCCUAACGAGCGGUGGCGUGACGAUAGCGGGUUCGCGGUACAUCUACCUCAGUGGCUCAGAUCGCAUCGUGCGCGCGAAACUCGGCAAGGUCGGCGUUCACUGCAUGAAGACACAGCAAGCCGUUGUAAUCGCAUUGUAUCAAGAACCCAUCCAACCCCAGCAAGCUGCGUCUGUAGUCGAGAAGUUAGGAGACUAUUUAGUUAACUGUGGUUAUUAGAGAUCGAAGCGCGCCGUGAUCUAAGAAUACUAUAAGAUAAUAUUUUUUCCACAGGGAAAUAAGUAACUGCAUUUUGUAUAUUCUAUAAAUCGAUAAGGACCGGUCGUUUGAUUUGAUAUUUGAUGAAUUAUGGCGUCAAGAUGCGUUUAGUAUCAGUUUGCAAAAGCGAUUACUUUGCGGAUUCUGGACUAUUUUUAUACGCUCACCGUUUCCACAGAGUAAUUGAUACUGUAAACUAUGAAAAUUGUAUUUUUUAAAUUGCUUGUCGACCAGUAAAGCAUAAUUCAGCUUUGCAAGCAGGUCUCAAAGCAUGAUGUAUAGAGAUUUUUUAGGUUUUCUUUUCAAGCAUCCUAACACUUGCUGAAUAACAGAUAAUUUUAAGAAUAAGUUGUCGUCGAAUCCUAUUCUCGAAAAUCGUCUACCACAACGCUAAGACAACAUGCCCGUGUAUAGAUGCCUGACAAGAAAGUAUAAUAACCGCGUAAUGAAAUUACUGUAACAAUAUUAUUACAACACUAUAUAUUAUAUAUAUAUAUAUAUUAUCUUAUUUACAAAUAAGCAUUUGUGUAAGGGCUUGUUACGAAUGAAAGACACUGUAACCCAAGUAUUACAUUUAAUUGAAAAUCUCUAGUCCCCACUGGAACCAUCGUGUGAAUAAUAUUCAAUACGUCAAUGUGGCAAGGGCGCGGUGCAGGGCACUGCGGCCUCGGCGCCUGCCGCGGGCAUGGCCACGGCCCUAGUGCACCCGCCGUUGCGUAUUCUGCUAUGCUUUCUCUUUUAUGUUGUGUCGCAUUUAAAAUAUCGUGUAGUAAAUAAACAUUUGCAUUCUGUUAUUUAUAACUCUUAGCUGCAGUAAUUAGAAGCGCUCAAUUACCCUGUAUCCUCAAACAAGGCUUGCAGUAAACGAAGGGUGCAUAUUGUUUAUAUUUUGAUAUUACUACUAUAGCUUUGUACAUUGUUUCUGAUAAGCGAUGGGAACUGUGUCUAUCUAAUAAUAAAAUGAUUUGUAUUAUAA